GUUAAUAACAACAACCAUAAUUAAACGACAGCAAAACAAUAAAUAAAACCCAGAAGAUGACAGUCAAAUAUGUAAGAAAAAUUAAAGUUCAACUGUCACCGGUCAUCCUGAAAACAGCAGCUAUUGCAAUCGAUAUCUGAGAAGAACAAGUGAAGUUGAGUUCUCCUCUUCUCUCUCUUCGCUGCAUCGUUUUCCGUCGCUGUGCCAAUUUGGUGCUUACAACCAGCCUAUUCUAGAACAGCAGUUUCUUUCAAGCGAACACCUAGUAGUUCAUUCCAUCAUUCCCACAGUAGGUCUCCCGCAGGCGCUCGCUCUUCAACUUCUACAAACACAAAUUUUUAAAAAACACCCAGGAAAAAUGGCGGAAAUUUGUGAAAAUGAGAUGCAUGAAGAAAAGCAUAACAAUGAAUUGAAUGAACUUAUGAAAGAUAUGGAAGGAUGGAGAGCUGCAUUGCUUCGCUUAAAUGGCGUCAUUGACUGGGACCGGCCAUACCAUCCACUUGUACUUUUGGCUCCAAUAACAAUUAUUUUUCUCUUAGUCUGGUAUUUCGAGCCAUCCUUCUUGACUACGGUUGCUCUGUUGGGAAUGAGUAUCAGUUUAAUUGAUUUUCUUGUUCCACUUUUGUCAUCUAUGUAUGGUCCUGAAACCUGGACUGUGGUUCAAGAACAGCAAUUUGAGCAAAUAUGUGAGCGUAUCAUGAAUGUAAGGGACCAUCUGACUAAUGUCAAGACUACAUUGGUGGGACUUAAAGUAGAGAAACCAAAGUAUUUCGCUGUAACGAUGGGAAUCAUGGCUUUCUUUGCUUGGUUUGGUAGCUUGGUGAACAAUCUGAUACUCACUUAUCUUAUUGUGGGUUUCGUUGUUCUUUAUCCUGGGUUACGCCGUCACCAGAUUCUUGAGAAGUACAUCCAAGGAAUUGUGGUUGUCUUGAAGAGGAUGUUUUUUGGAAAACCUAAAGCAAAGAAGUCUUAGGGUUUAUUAUGAAGAAACUGGUGCUUAGUGUUGAAGUUUGGCAAUUGUACAGCCAUCCAGUUACUGCAUAUUUCUGAUGGUUUUUCAGUCUGUUGUGGUUUUAUUUUUGUAUUUGAUCAAUACAAAUGCCUAACCUUUCUAAUGCCCUACAUUAUUGUCCUUUAAUUUUCAUCUCACCCCAAACCCCCUUUGUCUGUCUAUUUUUGGGCUUUUCUAACACCUUUUUCAACACCAAUUCGUCCAAUGGUUAACUGUGCUCUGCUAAUGGUGUUAUUUUGGCUUUUGAUCUCUUCUAGUUUUAAUGCUUUUAACAAAAGAGAAACACUUGAAACAGUAUAUUUUUUAUUGUUUAUGAAUCUAAUAAGAUAAACACAUAUGAACGGUCAUGUGUGCAAACACAAUCACAGACUCUCAUAUAUACACAGUGUAUUCAUUUUAUACAUUGGUACCUGCUAUAUAUAUAUAUAUAUCCAUGAGUUAUUUGCAUUUUAACUUACGCUAUUGCUCUUGAUUCAUAUUCUUGGUAUUAGAUAAUAGUUGCUUAGAAUAUCAUUAAAGAAUGUUGUAGAAAGA